UUACUGCCUCCACAUCAUUGCCAAAUUUAGUUUAUGCCUCCACCUCAUUACCCACUCCAGUUUCUGCCUCCACAUCAUUGCCAACUUCAGUUACUGCCUCCACAUCAUUGCCAAAUUUAGUUACUGCCUCCACAUCAUUGCCAACUUCAGUUACUGUCGCCACAUCAUUUCCAACUUCAGUUACUGCCUCCACAUCAUUGCCAACUUCAGUUACUGCCUCCACAUCAUUGCCAACUUCAGUUACUGCCUCCACAUCAUUGCCAACUUCAGUUACUGCCUCCACAUCAUUUCCAACUUCAGUUACUGCCUCCACAUCAUUGCCAAAUUCAGUUACUGCCUCCACAUCAUUGCCAACUUCAGUUACUGCCUCCACAUCAUUGCCAACUUCAGUUACUGCCUCCACAUCAUUGCCAAAUUCAGUUACUGCCUCCACAUCAUUGCCAACUUCAGUUGCUGCCUCCACAUCAUUGCCAACUUCAGUUACUGCCUCCACAUCAUUGCCAAAUUUAGUUUAUGCCUCCACCUCAUUACCCACUCCAGUUUCUACCUCCACAUCAUUGCCAACUUCAGUUACUGCCUCCACAUCAUUACCAACAUCCAGCAAUGUUACCUCAAUCAACUAUUCGUUCAUGUUUGCUCUAUAUCAAAUCAGCAGUGCUACCACAUGUGCCAUCUGUCAAUACCAUUGUAAAACUUCACCCUGA